AGAGUUGGAUGAAUCCAUUGACCUUUUAGCAGCUUUAUAAGUUCAUGUGGUAUCAUAUUUAUAUACCCCAGUUCGUUACUGCAAUCUCAAAAGUCUUCUACUUUCACAACUCAAGAGAAACAGAAUUUCUCUUCUUCCUCUCUGUUCUUGAAAACCAAUUCUUGCUACUUGGAUUUUGGAACCUCAAUUUCCUUUUGACUUGUUUGUCCAUUUCCUAUUGAAAUUUCAUCGAAAUCCCAAAAAUCCCAUAUCAAGAUCUUGUUUUUCAUUUUUUGUUUCACGUUCAAACAUCUCAAAACUCUCAAUAGAAUCGCACAUAUCUCGAAGAAAUGGUAGGAUUCAAGACCGUCAAGAAGAAAAUGUGGAUGUUUCCUUGUUAAUCUUCAUCUGCUUAAAAUUUCCCUAGAAUUGUCCUCUUGCGUAAUGGAAGCUAUCAUCAUAACAGCCACAGCACUGAUCAACAACAGCAAAGUCGUUAACCAACAAAACUUCCCUCUCCAAAAGCUCUCCUUCUGGUUCGCUCCCACCACGCGUCCUCCUGGUCUCCUCUCUUUCACUUCUGGCUCGUAAAUAACCAACCAAGAAAAGUCAGCAAAAACUUCGUUUUUGCAUGUUUCGUAUGGCUGCUUACUCUUUCAACAACAACUUUUCAUCUGGGAAUUGUUAUUCUGGUUUGUUUAAUCCGCUCUCACGUGAUAUGGGUCCACGCAAUGGAAGUUCCCAUGGAGGGUCGUUGUCGGUGUUGGUGUCACAGACCUUGGUUUUGGAUAGCGAGAAAGGAGAGCUAGUGAAGGCGCCGGUGAAAGUAGGGAAGAAAAGCGUGUCGGAGGAGAAAGUUAUCGCGGCUUUGAAGAGUCAUAGCGAGGCAGAGAAGAGGAGGAGAGAAAGGAUCAAUGCUCAUCUUGAUACACUCCGCGGCCUCUUGCCCUGCAGAGAAAAGAUGGAUAAAGCCACAUUACUUGGUGAAGUAAUUAGACAAGUGAAGGAACUGAAGAAGAAUGCAACUGAAGCCAGCAAAGGUUUUCUUGUUCCAAUGGACGAUGAUGAGGUGAGAGUUGAACCAUGCGAGGACGAAGCCAACGGGAUAUUGUUAUUCAAGGCAUCAAUCUGUUGUGAUUACAGACCUGAACUUCUGACUGAUCUUCGGCGAGCUCUCGAUGCCCUUCCAAUUAAGAUGGUGAAAGCAGAAACAUCGACCUUGGGAAGUCGGUUGAAGAAUGAUUUCGUUUUCGCUGGCUGCAGAACUGCACAUGCUGAUGAGGCUGAAGCACGUCGGUUUCUUGCAUGUUCCAUUCACCAGGCCCUGAAUUCUGUGCUGGAGAAGGCUUCUGCCUCGCCGGAAUACUCACCAAGUUCAAUAUUCCCAAACAAGAGACGGAGGAUGUCUCAUUUCGAUUCCUCAAGCUCGUCUUCUUGAGAGAUUUAGCCCUCGUUUGUGUCGAUGAACACUGCCAUCUCUCUCCUGUGAAUCUGUGCUUGCCUCUUAUGUUCAAAAACUGGUUUGAAAUACUAGAACUUAAAAAUGUGUGUUAACAUCUAUAUUGUAUACAACCAUAUACAAUAUUGUAUCCCAAAAGCUCGGAACACUUUCAAAUGGCUUGUAAUGAAACUGUAUUCUGUAUGAAUUCUUAUCUCAAUAAUUUAUAAAAACUUGAUAUGCCCGUGUUCGUGUGAU